GUUUUUCUUUAUGUUUUCUCAAAUUCACUUCAACUAAGUCAAACAUUAAUUCUCAUGAGUUCUAUCUUGUCAAGUGUUCUUUCUGCUCCUGAAGAUCCCAUUCUCACUGUAUAUUUUGCUAGUAGAGAUGAUCCUAGUCCGCUUAAGUUGAAUUUGAGCGGCGGUUCUUAUCGAAAUGAGGAAGGAAAGCCUCUUGUUCUUGACGUUGUGAGAAGAGCUGAGCAAAAGUUAGCGAAUGACCUGUCCCGGGACAAGGAAUAUCUCUCACUUGAUGGGCUUGCUGAAUUUAACAAAUUGAGCGCCAAGCUACUCUUAGGCGACAAUAGUACUGCAAUGGAGGAGAAUAGAGUUGUUACAAUCCAGUGUUUGUCUGGAACUGGUUCUUUGAGGGUUGGAGCUGAGUUUCUAGCAAAACACAACCAAGAACGUGUCGUUUUCGUAUCAAACCCAACUUGGGGGAACCAUCCAAAUAUUUUCAACUUGGCGGGUUUAUCUGUAGAGUAUUUUCGUUACUACGAUCCAAAAACUCGAGGACUUGACUUCAAAGGACUGCUCGAGGAUCUUGGCGCUGCACCGUCUGGAGCUAUCGUGGUAUUACAAGCUUGUGCGCAUAACCCAACAGGAGUUGACCCAACAAAUAAACAAUGGGAACAGAUUCGACGACUAGUGAGGUCUAAAAGCUUAUUACCCUUCUUUGAUAAUGCAUAUCAGGUAUGUGACUCAGAAGAUGUGGCUAGGAAAGUAAAGAGCCAAGUGCUAUGUGUUGUGAGACCUAUGUAUCUUAGUCCACCUAUUCAUGGAGCAUCCAUUGUUACCACAAUUCUUCAAAACAGUGAUAUGUACAACGACUGGACCAUUGAGCUUAAUGGAAUGGUUAACCGCAUACUUAGAACGCGCCAACAGUUAUAUGAAGCUAUACAAGCUAGAGGCACACCUGGUGAUUGGAGUCACAUUAUCAAACAGAUUGGGAUGUUUAGUUUUACCGGAUUGAAUGAGAAGCAAGUUCGCUUGAUAGCCAAAGAGUAUCACAUUUACAUGACUUAUAAUGGGAGGAUAAGCAUGGCAGGUUUAAGUUCGAAGACAGUUCCUCAACUCGCUGAUGCUAUACAUGCUGCAGUUACCCGCAUCGCCUAAUCUAAGCGAUUCUCUUCUUUGUUGUUUACAUUAAUUUCACAAAGAAUCAUACUAUAUAUAUCAAUAACAAGUGCACUGGUUUUGGAGUAAUGAAAGACUCGAAUUAUUUAAUCAUUUGAACAAAACAUAUGAACUAAAACAUAAUCUGAGAUCUAAUCUUAUGAUGCUCACCACUGAUCCUGUGUUAACCUAAAAAUGAAAUAAAACAAAGAACUAAUCACUCCAAUUAGGCAACAUACAUUAGCUUAAUUCACCUCACAGAUGCUUUUGAUGGAAGAGGGUUCCAAGAGAGCAUGUCCAGAAAGCUUUUGUCUAAUCUCCCAUCACACAUCAUAUUCCCGACCAAACUUAUCGUCGAAGCGUCUCCUGAGAAUCCACAACUCCUCAUUUCCUUGAUGAGUUCUGCUGAUUCUGCUCUGUCACCAUCUCUGAGGCGUGCCCUGAUCAACGUAUUAUAGGUACCGCUACUUGGGAGAGGCCCAUCUUCUUUCAUUUUUGUUAAUAAGGCAUCCGCUUCCUCCUUUAAGCCUUUCCCACAAAAUCCUGAAAUCAUUGUAUUGUAUGUCACAAUAUCAGGCUUCAUCACUCCUUUGAGCCUGAGGCUGUUAAAUAAAUCCCAAGCAUCUUCCACUUUACCAGCCUUGCACAUCCCUUCAAUCAUAAUAUUAUAUGUGACAAUACUGAGUUCCAUCUCAGUCUUUUGCUGCAGAUCCUUGAAUAUGACCAGUGCUUUCUCGAGCUUCCCAUUUUUACAAAACCCAUCCAACAGAAUGUUGCAAGUCAUAGUAUCAGGAGUGACACCACCAGAAACCAUCUGUUUGAAAACUUGUUGGGCAUUCUCACAGUCUCCAGAUUCGAAAAACCCUUUGAUAAGAGUGUUGUAAGUGAUUGUGUUGCCAAAUAAUCCUCUUUGAGUCAUCUCUCGGAAGAGUUCCACAGCAUCUUCGACCUUCUUAGACUUGCAAAAUGCAUUGAUAAGAGUAGAAUAAGUCACCACGUUUGGGAGACAAUCUUUGCUAACCAUUAAAGCAAACAUCUGCUUGGCCUCCUCUAGACGAUUUUGCAAACAAAAUCCAUUGAUCAAUGAAUUGUAAGUGAUAGUAUUAGGAGCUAUAGACCUUCCAAUCAUCUCCUCAUACAAUUUCUCAGCCUCCAAAAGUUUUCCCUCUUUCACAAAAGCGUCGAUCAAGGCAUUGAAAGUAACAAUGUCAGGGUUGGUAUUCUUCUCGAUCAUGUCACUUAGUAGUCGAGAGGCAUCGCUCCAUCUUCCGUAAUUACAAAGGCAGCUUAUGAGUGAGCUGUAGGUAUAAACAUCAGGUCUAAUCCCUUUGCUCUCCAUCUCACUGAAUAGGUCGACUGCGUCAUUCACAUGUUUGUGUUUGCAGAGACCAUCCAUAAUAGUGCUGUAGAUCACAACAUCAGCCUCUAUUUUGUCCGCUUCCAUCUUCUUGAGCAGAUUCAAAGCCAAAUCAGUAUGACCUCUCUUACAUACUCCGUUUAUUACCGCACCGUAAGUAAUCAGAUCUGGUUGAUACCCUUUCAGCACCAUCCGAUCAACUAAAGCCACUGCUUCAGAGACUCUGUUGUGGAGAAACAGGCCAUGGAUAAGGGUAUUGAAUGUGACGGUGUUGGGUUGAUAUCCCAUUUCCACCAUUUGAUCAACCAAAGCUACGGCAUCAGAAAUCCUCUUACCGUGACGACAGAAACCAUUGAGAAGCGAGUUAAGCGUGACAAUGUCAGGCUUAUAUCCGAGUUUCAUCAUCUUUCCAAGAAUUGCUAAAGCAAAAGAGAGCUCAGAGCGGCGGCAGAAACAGUUAAUCAAAAUACUGUAAGUAUAGUGAUUAUGUGGAAUCCCUAACAUUUGCAUCUUCUCGCCGAGAGAGAUAACGACAUCAAACUUCUUCAUCUUGGCGAUGGCGCUCAACAAUUUACUGAAAUCAACAAUGGAAGGUCGUGGACGAGACUUUACCAUCUCACCGAACAAAUCAACGGCAUCGUCUAGCUUAAUAUCCCGAAGCCCGUUUCUCAAUCUCUCUCUGGAAUCAUCACUGAGACCUGAGAAAGCUCGUCUCCAGCAACGGAAACCGCAAACGGAAAUUGAGGGACGAGCAAUUCGAGAAUCACCUUUUUCGAGAAGAUUCCGAUGUACAAAUCUCCUUCUCGUCGACGCAAACGCAAACCUCAUCCUCUCGAUCUGGCUUCACACCUCUCUCUCAAUGCCUAUCGCUCCGUAAAAUUCAGUAAUCCCUAAAAAGUUAGACCACAUGAACAUUGUGUGUGUGUGU